AUGGGAAUAGCGUCAUCCAUCCAAUUUCCUCCGGCAAAACCGGAGCAAGAGAAACCGGAUGAUUAUAGUGAUUUGCCAUAUCCGGUGAGAGCUAAUGGAGAUUUGUUGAUAAAGAACAUGUUUGGCUUGUUCGGGGGAGAAUCAUCAAGUGAUGAAGCCGCAGAGGCUAGGUAUUACGAGUUCAUGAGAGGAGGUGGUUGCAAGGAUGUUGUUAACGCUCUAGAACAUUGUGAAGGACCUCGUAGCACUAAGUGUAAACAAAUCGCGGGGAUGCUGUUCAAUUGUAUGUAUUCUCAUCCUGAUUACUAUCAACCGGUUAUAGCUGUGUUGGAAACUUUUUACAAACAGUUAGGUAAGGACCUCGACGUCUUUCAUGCGAAGAAACAAAGAGAGGAGAGCUUUGAGAAAACUCAGCUCUUUAAGGGCUUUAAGCGAUUCUAA